UUUUCUGGUUUCCGUCAGUCCUCAGUUCUCACCACUCAGUUCUCGCGUUUCUGCGGCGCGCGCAUGUCAGUUGCUCUUUCUGAGCGCUGCAUCAAGAACAUGGCAGACGUGAAGACGGUGGACGGAGACAAACUCAGCAAAAAGUCUGUCUGCUGACUGUCGUAGUUCAGCAUGCUGUGUCUGGUCAGGGCAGCCAGGCAGCAGCUGUGCCAAGCCUGUGGGGUCAGGGGACAGUGGUUAAAAUAUGCGCCCCCAUGUACAGCUGCAAGCCCAGCUCAGAUUUACGGGAACCGCUGGAGAGGUGACAAAAGUGAGCUGAAGAGGCGAAUGAAAGCAGAGAAAAAGGCAGCUGAGAAAGAAGCCAAGGUUAAAGAGCAGGUGGAGCAAAAAAAAGAAUCAAAUGACCAGGGAACACAAAAUGCGUUGGAUGAGGAGACGCUUGACCCCAAUCAAUACUUUAAGAUCCGCACUCAGGCCAUCCAGGAGUUGAAGGGGACAGCGGAGGACCCUUACCCGCACAAGUUUAAUGUGGACCUGUCGCUUACAGAGUUCAUUGAGAAAUACAAUCAUCUACAGCCUGGAGACCAGCUGACAGAUGUUGUUCUCAGUGUGUCAGGCCGCGUCCAUGCUAAGAGGGCUUCAGGUGCCAAGCUGCUGUUCUAUGACUUGCGAGGUGAAGGAGUCAAAUUGCAAGUUAUGGCAAAUUCAAGAAACUACAAGUCUGAGGAGGACUUUGUGGCUAUCAACAACAAACUGCGCCGUGGUGACAUCAUUGGUGUCCGCGGUAACCCAGGAAAGACCAAGAAAGGGGAGCUGAGUAUCAUUCCCACUGAGAUGACUCUACUGUCACCAUGUUUGCACAUGCUACCCCACCUCCACUUUGGUCUCAAAGACAAGGAAACACGAUUCCGCCAGCGCUACUUGGAUCUGAUUCUCAAUGACUACGUGAGGCAGAAGUUUAUAACUCGCGCCAAAAUCAUCACAUAUCUACGCAGCUUCCUAGACCAGUUGGGAUUUUUGGAGAUUGAGACACCAAUGAUGAAUAUUAUUCCUGGUGGUGCAGUGGCCCGCCCAUUCGUUACUUAUCAUAAUGACCUGGACAUGAACCUGUUUAUGAGGAUUGCUCCUGAGCUCUACCACAAGAUGCUCGUAGUCGGUGGCAUAGACAGAGUGUACGAGGUUGGCCGUCAGUUCAGGAAUGAAGGCAUUGAUCUUACUCAUAAUCCAGAGUUCACCACCUGUGAAUUCUAUAUGGCAUAUGCUGAUUACAACGACUUGAUGGAAAUCACGGAGAAACUACUCUCAGGAAUGGUGAAGCACAUCACUGGAGGAUACAAGGUGACUUAUCACCCUGAUGGUCCAGAGGGACAGGCCUAUGAGAUCGACUUCACUCCACCAUUCAAAAGAGUGAGCAUGACUCAUGACCUGGAGAAAAUUAUGGGAGUGAAGUUCCCUCCUGCUGACAGCUAUGACAGUGAUGAGACACGUAAAUUCUUUGACGACCUGUGUGUCCAGAAAGGAGUUGAAUGUCCUCCGCCCAGGACCACUGCCCGUCUCCUUGACAAGUUGGUUGGAGACUUCCUAGAGGUGACUUGUAUCAACCCAACAUUCAUCUGUGAUCACCCACAAAUCAUGAGCCCUUUAGCAAAAUGGCACAGAACCCAGAAAGGGCUAACUGAGCGUUUCGAGCUCUUUGUGAUGAAGAAAGAAAUCUGCAAUGCUUACACUGAGCUGAACGAUCCGAUUAGACAGAGGGAGCUGUUUGAGCAGCAAGCCAAGGCCAAAGCUGAGGGCGAUGAUGAAGCCAUGUUCAUCGAUGAGACCUUCUGCACAGCUCUGGAAUACGGUCUGCCACCAACUGCCGGAUGGGGCAUGGGCAUCGAUCGUCUCACCAUGUUCCUCACGGACUCCAACAACAUCAAGGAGGUGUUGCUGUUCCCAGCCAUGAAGCCUGAUGACAAUAAGACAGCAGCGCCAUCAGAGGGCACCUCCGUCUAAUAACAUGACCUCUGACCUGCUAUCAGACCUUUGCAGGAGCCGGCAUGAAGAAGAAGAAGAAUGAGCCUUUACCUCAUUGUUGUCAUCAAUGGAGUUUCUGAGUCUUGUGUUUUAUCAAUGUUAGUUUGUCAAAUGAUUGAUAAUUUCUGUCAGUAAGGAAAAUCAUCGGGUCUCAAACACACGUUUUGGAUUUGUUUUUUUUUAUUCCAUAUACUUUUGCAAUCCUGUCUGAUCAAAAUAUACUUUGAGCUAUUUAAAGAGAUGCUUUAGGGUACAGCAUAUGAUAACAAUGCUCAAGACCCUCUAAUACUCAUGUCUUUUUACCAGAUCUACUUAAAAUCCUUGUCUAAGUUUUUCAAGUUGGACUCCACAAUAAUCCUUUGCCAAGAGGUUUGAAUAAAGUUCAUAUAAAGUAAAACUGAUUUCUUAA